UUGGCUUUCUGUUACAGUUACAGGUAUACCUUUCCGAGAUGGGUCUGUAUGCUGUGCUUAAUGUGAAAUAUAUAUGGUCAGCGGUGAAGUACUUGAAAAUUCGAAUACACCGACUAAUCACAACAAGGUAUGCUGUUAAGACGGCUGUAUUUGCUGUUAUUUCCAUACAGCUCAUAUGGUUCACCUACUUGAAAAUCAGCAGAGACUGGUGUUUCAAGGGACAUCAGCAUUGCUGUGAACAAAAAACUCCAGAAUUUGACCCAAAUGUACUAACAUUUUUUAGUCGGAACGGAAGUGACGUCAGUGCAGGUACGCAGACGGAAUACAAGGACUAUUUGAUAAAUCCAAGCUCUCUCUGCGCGAAUCGUGACGUUUUUCUUGUCAUAUUUGUUACGUCAGCGCCUGACCAUUUUGAAAUCAGGAAUGGCAUACGCUACACGUGGGGUCUACAUGCCCGCGACGAUGACGUCAUUGUGAGAAUGGUAUUCGUGAUUGGACGAACAUCGGACAGCAAGGUACAGGAGCGCAUAAGGAGAGAGAGUAUAAUAAAAAGUGAUAUUAUUCAAGCCAGUUUCGUCGACUCGUAUCGGAAUCUGACUUUAAAAACCAUGUCAAUACUGUACUGGGUCUCGCACCACUGCGACGAGGCGAGAUACACCAUGAAGGCUGACGACGAUGUGUUCGUUCACAUUCCAAACUUAGUAGCAGUUUUACAGCGCUUCAACGAGAAACCCCGUAUCAUACUGGGCACGGUCAUUGCUUCCGGUUCACCCCACCGAGAAUCGUCCAGCAAGUGGCACGUGGACUAUAACAUGUACCCAUUUUCCAGUUACCCUUCCUUCGUGAAUGGACCGGCCUAUGUUCUUUCCCAUGACCUCGUUGCUGUUCUCUUGCGAAGGUCAACUUCCCUGAGGCUGCUGUGGCUGGAAGAUGUGUUUAUCACCGGCAUUUGUGCCCAAGGUGCCGACGUCGUAUUCAUUGGCAACUGUGGCUUCGGCAUCGAAAAGAAAGCUGCUGAAGACUGGAUUCUGUCCAGUCGAGAAGUUACUGGUCACCAAUACUCGCUUCAGGACAUGCGUUCACUGUGGAAUAAGCUACACAACUGGGGCAUAUAUUCGCAUAUUCUUCGUUUCUUGGCUAUCCUAGUGGGAUCUUGAACAACAAAGUGUAUAGUAUGGUUAAGUCUGUUGGAAUGUGUGUUAGGUGCA